GGAAAAACAUUGAAGGGGGAGAAGACUCAAGAGUCAAAUCCUGGCAAGUGGGACCCUCGAGCAAGUCAAAGGCUUUUGUAGCUUCAACGGCCAAAUCCGAAAGCCAGAAACAUAAAUACGUUACGCCAAGUAUCGGAGAUCAAACUUCAUUUGAAAAAAUGUAUGAAAGAUCAAGGUCUCAUGAGCUCCAUCAUCAUGAAGCACAAAGAGCAAUGAAGAUAGAACCCAGUCUUGGAUUUUGGGAUUCAAUCUCAAACACAAUCUCGACAAAACAGGGGGGAGCAAGGAAAUCAAAACCAACAUGAUAUACUCAUUUGAGAAUUUGCGGUUUAUGUGGAUAUAUAUUUACCCAGAAACCAGAGGAAGAAGAAGAAGAAGAAGAAAACAAGCAUAAGAAACAGGGCGUAGGAGAAAAUUUUCGGACUUCAGUGGUCGUGCUUUUGUUCUAGAGCAUGUCCUUAUUGUUGGUUUUUUUUUUUUUCCUUUUUCUUUGAGUGUUCUAAAGAGGAGACAUGUUCUGGACUGAAACGUGAAAGGAGAAUAAUAAUUAAUCUGGUUUUUAUUUUUAGCAGAGAGAAAUACGAAGUUUUUUCUUGUGGGGUUUUUUUCCUGAUUAGUUCGAGUUUUGUUUCUCGUUUGUGAAAAAAGAAAGAUCAAGCGGUUUAUUAAUUGUCUUUUGCUUAGGUAUAUUAAUAUUUUUGUUUUGACCUGAUUCUACGUGAGAAGAGAACUGUAGUUAAAAACUGACACCUUUUUCCAUGAAACAAAAAGGGCUGCUUGAUUUUUAACUCACCAAAUUUUUUAGUUCUAGUAAUUAUUUAUUGGCUGCUUUGAUUUUGUGAACAAGUUAUUUUAAUUUUUGAUUUUUUAAGAGGAGAGAGGGAAUUUUUUUUCGGAGAAAGAAAGAGAUGUCCUUUCGGGUUUUAUUUGAGAUUUAUUUUAAAGUCUUAUCUUAGCCUUCCUUAACUUUACUCUCUUUUUAGGGGUUUUGUUUUUGAUUUUUCUCCCCGAUUGCUUCUGUUCUUGGGAUUUUUCUUUGUUCCCUUGUCUUUUUUAGUCUUUUUGCCAAUUUGGAUCGCUAAAUUUCUUCGUCUUCUCUUCUGGGUCGAUCAAUUUUUUUCAAUAUUAGGUUUCGCAUUAUCAAGUGUUUCCGCACCAUAAAGUUCGUUGCUUUCUCAGAUUACCCAGGGAGGGAGGGCAAGCCGGAUUAUGCAGAGGUGGGAUUUUAAGAUUUGCAGGGAAUAUUUGUGUUUUUCCUUGAUUUCGUGCUGAUAUUUAAAAGGUUUGGGGGUUUGUCGACUCGGUCUAGAUUUCACUCAGUUUAGGAAAUUAUUGUUGAGGUUUGGCAUGUGUAUAUGAUGUUUCAUGCUCAAGCUUCCUCGAGGAAUCAUUGUACCCUUCUCGCAGUUCUCUGCGGAAAUAGUCCUGAUAUUGAGGUGAAGAAGGGAGUUCCUGAUGAUCAACCCAUAUACCCCUUUCCAGAGCUUGCCUCUUCAGGCCGUCUUGAGGUUCAGGUACUCAAUAAUCCAACUACUAAAGAGUUCCAGCGAGUUCUUGAAGCAUCAGAGCCAAGUAUUGUUUACUUGCAAGGAGAGCAGGUUGCGGACAAUGAAGAAAUUGGAACUUUAAUGUGGGGGGAUACUGAUUUAUCCACUCCUGAUGCCUUAUGUGGACUCUUUGGUUCUACAUUGCCAACCACUGUCUAUCUAGAGGUCCCAAAUGGUGAAAAAUUGGCAGAAGCUCUGCACUCUAAGGGGGUUCCCUAUGUUAUAUAUUGGAAGAAUGUAUUUUCACGAUAUGCAGCUUCUCAUUUUCGUCAAGCAUUGUUGUCUGUGAUUCUAAGUUCAUGCAGCCAUACAUGGGAUGGUUUUCAACUUGCAGAUGCUUCUUUUAGAAUGUACUGUGUGCGAAACAACACCGUCCUAACUUCCAAAGUUAGUGGUAAGUCAGGACCACGAUUGCUUGGGGAACCCCCCAAAAUUGAUGUUGUUCUGCCUGAGGUAGAUGCACAAGAAGAAGAAAACUCUCCAGAGACUCUCCCUUCUAUAAAAAUAUAUGAUGAAGAUGUGAACAUGAGAUUUCUUAUAUGUGGGUUGCCAUGCGCGCAGGAUGCAUUCUUAUUGGGAUGUUUGGAAGAUGGGCUGAAUGCUUUAUUGAGCAUAGAGAUACGUGGAAGCAAACUUCAUAACAGGGCAAGUGCUCCACCACCGCCCCUUCAAGCUGGAACAUUUUCACGUGGUGUAGUAACCAUGCGAUGUGACUUCUCAACCUGUAGUUCUGCUCAUAUAUCACUUCUGGUGUCUGGCAGCGCACAAACUUGUUUUAAUGAUCAGCUUUUGGAGAAUCAUAUAAAAAAUGAGUUUAUUGAGAAAAGUCAAUUAGUCCAUGCAUUGCCAAACUCUGAGGAGAGCAAAUUGGUAUUGUCUGAGCCUCGGAAGUCUGCCUCGAUAGCCUGCGGGGCAAGUGUGUUUGAAGUUUGCAUGAAGGUCCCCACAUGGGCUUCACAGGUUUUAAGGCAGUUGGCACCAGAUGUAUCCUACCGGAGUUUAGUUAUGCUGGGAAUUGCCAGCAUCCAAGGGUUGUCCGUUGCUUCUUUUGAGAAAGAUGAUGCGGAACGGCUGCUUUUCUUUUGCGCGAGGCAGGGCAAAGAACAUAAAUCUAACAAUGUGGUUCUAGUUAGACCUCCUAGCUGGUUGACGCCACCUGCACCUAGUCGAAAAAGAUCUCAGCCAUGUAGAGAGAUCAUUAAUAUCAACCAGGAGAGUCAAAAUGGAGGUUCUGCUAACCAGAAAGUAAAGAUGGCUGCAAUGAGACCAAUCCCUCACACUCAUCGUCAUAAAAUGCUGCCUUUCACUGGAUUUUCUGAGGCUGAAAGAUAUGAUGGUGACCAGGGGAAGGCUAACUUGUCCGUGGUUCCUGCGAAGCAUGGUGCUACUGGUCCUAAUCUUGUUACACAUCGUAAAACACUGUCAAGCUCUUUCCAGGCUCAGCAAAUUAUUUCUUUAAAUCCACUACCUCUGAAGAAACAUGGUUGUGGUAGAGCACCAAUUCAAGUUUGCUCAGAGGAGGAAUUUUUGAGAGAUGUGAUGCAAUUCUUAAUUCUUCGAGGACAUACACGUCUUGUUCCGCAAGGUGGACUAGCUGAGUUUCCUGAUGCUAUUCUUAAUGCAAAGCGCCUGGAUCUUUUCAACUUGUAUAGAGAGGUGGUCUCAAGGGGAGGCUUCCACGUGGGGAAUGGCAUCAAUUGGAAAGGGCAAGUUUUCUCGAAGAUGCGAAAUCACACGUUGACUAAUAGGAUGACUGGCGUGGGCAACACAUUGAAAAGACACUAUGAAACUUAUCUUUUGGAAUAUGAAUUGGCUCAUGACGAUGUCGAUGGAGAAUGCUGCUUGUUGUGUCACAGUAGUGCAGCCGGUGAUUGGGUGAACUGUGGAAUAUGUGGUGAGUGGGCUCAUUUUGGCUGUGAUAGGCGGCAGGGCCUUGGUGCCUUUAAGGACUAUGCAAAAACGGAUGGUCUGGAGUAUAUUUGCCCUCACUGCAGCGUCUCAAACUUCCGGAAGAAAUCCCAGAAGACCACGAAUGGUUAUCAAUGAGCGCUAACUUACAUCUAGAAGUAUGUCGAAGUGCACAGUUGUGUGCUUUUUCAAGUAAUAUCUCUUUUACUCACCACCCUACCCAGCAGGAUGCAAA